GCGGAGCCGCGGAGGGGGAGGCGCCGAGCAGGCUGGGCACCGCCGCGGGAGGUUCUGGAAACGCCGGGAGCGGCGCGUGUCCAGAUACUACCUUCAGUGACCAUGAAACCCUGGGUGACCACGUUGCUGAUGGCCUGGUUUGCUGCCCUCAGCUGUGCAUGGGCUGAAUUCUUCACCUCUAUUGGGCACAUGACUGACCUGAUCUAUGCCGAGAAAGACCUGGUGCACGCGCUGAAGGAGUACAUCCUUGCGGAGGAGGCCAAACUCUCUAAGAUCAAGAGCUGGGCAAGCAAGAUGGAAGCCCUUACCAGCAAGUCAGCUGCUGACCCCGAGGGCUACCUUGCCCAUCCUGUGAAUGCCUACAAACUGGUGAAGCGACUGAACUCAGACUGGCCUGCGCUGGAGGACCUUGUGCUGCAAGACCCAGCCACAGGUUUCAUUGCCAACCUCUCAAUGCAGCGGCACUUCUUUCCCACUGAUGAGGACGAGGCUGGGGCCGCCAAGGCCCUGAUGAGACUUCAGGACACCUACAAGCUGGACCCAGCCACGAUUUCAAGAGGGGAGCUUCCAGGAACUAAGUACCAGGCAACGCUGAGUGUGGACGACUGCUUCGGGAUGGGCCGCUCAGCCUACAAUGAAGGGGACUACUAUCACACGGUGCUGUGGAUGGAGCAGGUGCUGAAGCAGCUCGAUGCUGGCGAGGAGGGCACCACGACCAAAUCUCAGGUGCUAGACUACCUCAGCUAUGCCGUCUUCCAGUUAGGUGACUUGCAUCGUGCCCUAGAGCUCACCCGCCGCCUGCUCUCACUUGAUCCAAGCCAUGAGCGAGCUGGAGGGAAUCUGCGGUACUUUGAGCGGUUGUUGGAGGAACAAAGAGGAAAGUCGUUAUUGAAUCAGACAGAAGCUGUGGCAGUGACCCAGGAAGGCAUCUACGAGAGGCCUGUGGACUACCUGCCCGAGAGGGAUGUGUAUGAGAGCCUGUGUCGUGGGGAGGGCGUCAAGCUGACCCCCCGAAGACAGAAGAGGCUUUUCUGCAGGUACCACGAUGGCAAUGGGGCGCCGCAGCUGCUCAUCGCCCCCUUCAAGGAGGAGGACGAGUGGGACAGCCCACACAUCGUCAGGUACUACGACGUCAUGUCUGACGAGGAGAUCGAGAGGAUCAAGGAGAUUGCGAAACCUAAGCUCGCGCGAGCCACUGUUCGUGAUCCCAAGACAGGUGUGCUCACUGUGGCCAGCUAUAGAGUUUCCAAAAGCUCUUGGCUGGAGGAGGAUGAUGACCCUGUUGUGGCCCGAAUAAAUCGCCGGAUGCAGCACAUCACAGGACUGACAGUGAAGACUGCAGAAUUGCUGCAGGUUGCAAAUUACGGGAUGGGAGGACAGUAUGAGCCACACUUUGACUUCUCCAGGCGACCUUUUGACAGCGGCCUCAAAACGGAGGGGAAUAGGUUAGCGACGUUUCUUAACUAUAACAAUGAACGAGAUGCUUUCAAGCGUUUAGGGACUGGGAAUCGUGUGGCCACAUUCUUAAACUACAUGAGUGAUGUAGAAGCUGGUGGUGCCACUGUCUUCCCUGAUCUGGGGGCUGCGAUUUGGCCUAAAAAGGGCACAGCUGUAUUCUGGUACAACCUUCUGAGGAGUGGGGAAGGUGACUACCGAACAAGACAUGCCGCCUGCCCUGUGCUUGUGGGUUGCAAGUGGGUUUCCAACAAGUGGUUUCAUGAACGAGGACAGGAGUUCCUGAGACCUUGUGGAUCAACAGAAGUUGACUGAUGUCCUUUUCUGCCCUUCCCUUUCCUGGCCCCGCAGCCCAUGUCAACUCCAAGUUCAGUGUGACAGACACCUUCAUGUGUUCCAGAUCCUAUCAAGUGGGUCUUUGGAGGAAUGAACGUUUGUCUGGAGUGGUGGGGUAUAGUGGGAUGGGUCCUGGUGCCCUGGUCCCCAGCCUCUGUGGUCAGCCUGUGCUAUCUCUAGCCUCAAGUGUAGGGUUGGAGUGGCUGCAGCAGAGUCACUGUCUAGCGCCAAGCAAGGUGCCUUUGUACCUCAGAUGUUUUAGGUGUAAGAUGUUUCAGUGAACCAAAGUUCUGAUGCCUUGUUUACAUGUUUGUUAUUAUGGCAUUUCUAUCAGUUGUGGCUUUAACAAAAAAAAAAAAAUAAAUAAAUUGUCCCUGCCAGAAGCCUUAAA